AUGCCUCUAUAUGCUCCAAAGGAGAAUAUCGAAACGAUUAUGCGCUUUAAUUUAACGCUGCAUUUAGAGAGCGAAAGAUGUGAGAGAAGAAUCGCAAUUCUUAGAAGACGGAGACCAGGCCUUGCUAUCAUCCUGGUUUUACAAAACGCAAUUCACGUUUACAGACUCUGGCCUCCUCUCUUCCAGCCCAAAAUGCUCUCGAAAGCUUGUGACAUGCUCCUGUUGAAGCUGUUGUCAUCCAGCAGAUACCAUCAUUUAUGUGGGGCGAAAGAUAAACCGCAGAAUUCUACCUCCAGAUAUGGAAAAAUGAUACCCCCUGCACUGACUGAGGUCUAUGAUGCCAAAGUUUCGGUCUCCGCAGCCCAAGGUCCUGACCAAAAGUGGUUUCAUUCUCUCAUAUGGUUGAUCUUCUGGGAGAGCUUAAAGAGGGAUGCCAUGUCAGACUACGGGGUUGCCAUUACAUCAGCAACAUUGUCCCGACUCACUUGGCUCUUCAACAUAAGAGUGGCAUGA